GCGACGAGCGUAGUGUGAAGAGCCACGACAGUCGACACCGCUAUUUCGCUGCUGCUCUCUCAUCCUCCAGUUUUGCCGAUUGAGUUGUAAUUUCGAACUAACAAUCUCCCUGAAUGGCGCACUUAGCGUCGUCUGCUUCAGCAACCCUACUUUAUUUACAUUGGAUUUCAGCUGGGGCAAAGCAUUGGGGCAAGCUAUUUCCGGGUUCUUCUGUGAGAUUUGGGACCAAUUCGUUGGUAUGCUCGAGGUUUCGGAGGAAUGGAUUUCGAUUUGUUGCUUCGGGCACUGCGGGAAGAAAUGGAGGUGUUGUGGCCAUGUCUGAAGGUGAAACGCUACAGAGAAUGUUUACAUGGCCAGAUAAGAAGAAGCCGAGGGUAUGCAUACUAGGUGGUGGAUUUGGAGGCUUAUACACUGCUUUAAGGCUAGAAUCACUUACAUGGCCCGCUGACAAGAAGCCUCAGGUUCUUCUUGUUGAUCAGUCAGAACGAUUUGUAUUUAAGCCCAUGCUGUAUGAACUACUAUCAGGAGAAGUGGAUGCUUGGGAAAUAGCUCCUCGUUUCUUAGAUUUGCUUGCAAGCACCGGUGUGCAAUUUUUCCAAGACAGGGUGAAAAGUCUACAUCCAUCUGAUCAUUUGGGAAUGCAGGGGCUGACAGGAAGUACUUGUGGAGGAACUGUGCUUCUUGAAAGUGGCUUACACGUUGAGUAUGACUGGUUGGUGCUUGCUUUGGGAGCUGAAGCUAAACUUGAUGUUGUACCAGGCGCAUUAGAGUUUGCUUUGCCUUUCUCCAACCUGGAAGAUGCAUCCAUGGUUGACAAUAAGUUGAAAGCACUAGAACGGAAGAACUUUGCCAAGCACUCUAUAAUUAGCGUAGCUGUAGUUGGUUGUGGUUAUGCAGGAGUUGAGUUAGCUGCCACAAUAGCGGAACGCUUGCAAGACAGAGGAACAGUACAAGCUAUUAACGUGGAAACCACUAUCUGCCCAACUGCUCCGCCUGGCAAUAGGGAGGCUGCCCUUAAAGUUCUCACAUCCAGGAAAGUUCAGCUUCUGUUGGGUUACUUUGUCCGCAGCAUACGCAGAGUGGGUGAUGGGGAGGCUUCAACAGGGCUGACAGAAGGUGAAGAAGUUCACGACAUGGAGGCAGAACCUAAUUCUGAUAAAUAUAUAUUAGAACUUCAGCCUGCAGAAAGGGGACUACAAAGUCAAAUUCUUGAAGCGGAUCUUGUAUUGUGGACUGUUGGGUCUAAACCUCUGCUUCCCACGCUAGAACCAGGUAACAGACUGCAUGAACUUCCCCUGAAUGCCCGUGGACAAGCAGAGACAGAUGAAACUCUCCGCGUCAAGGGCCAUCCUCGCAUAUUUGCGCUGGGUGACUCGUCUGCUUUAAGGGAUUCAAAUGGAAGGCUUUUACCAGCGACUGCCCAGGUUGCUUUUCAACAAGCCGACUUUACCGGCUGGAAUUUGUGGGCGGCAAUCAAUGGUCGUCCCUUACUGCCUUUCAGGUUUCAGAAUCUAGGUGAGAUGAUGACCCUGGGGAGAAACGAUGCUGCUCUGUCACCAAGUUUUAUCGAGGGGUUAACCUUGGAUGGUCCCAUUGGUCAUACAGCUAGGAAGAUAGCGUACUUGAUCAGACUACCAACAGAUGAGCAUCGGCUUAAAGUGGGGAUCAGCUGGUUCACGAAAUCUGCUAUAGAUUCCGUUGCAUCACUACAGAACACCCUCUCAAAGGUUCUUUCAGGCCCAUAGGUCAUCUUUGUUUAAUUACAAAGCACAGAUAAUUGCUGUUGUAUGUUUGCCGUUAAGCUACGGAUGGAUUUCAUCGGAGGAAGAAAAAAAAAAGGUAAAACAAAGAGCUCAUCAAACAAUUAGGGGAAAAAAAAAAAGAAAGCAAAAAAAGACUAGAGCUUUUGUUCCUUCCGAGUCUAGUGGCUCUCCAGCCACAUUCACAUGUUGAUACAGCUUUGUUUCAGCUGUUGACCGGUUGGGAUCAAUGGAUUAUAUUUCAUUACAAUUACUACCUGAAUUAGGUUUGUAAUUAAGCUUGGCAUUGAUGGAUGGACACCGGGUGGACCUUGACAGCUAUAUUUGCCUCGCGUAGACAAAUCUUGAUCAUCACCUUCUUUGAAUAUGAUGUUGAUGUUCUCACUAAUGCAGGUACGGUGUUAAUAAGGA